AUGGAGUUCCUUCAAUCACUAUGCAUGAGUAAAUUAUUGGAAUAUUUCUCAGAAAACAAAAAACUUACAGCCAAAGAAGCAUAUAUUUAUGGAAUGGCCGUUGUUUUAUCUAGUUUCCUUCGAGUGAUAAGUUUCCAGUUCCAUUAUUUGGAAACUUUCAGUACUGAAUAUGACAUAUCUCUUUUUUCCCAUGGAGACAAAACAUUGGUGGGAGAAAGAGGAAAUAUGUUGAGUGGAGGCCAAAAAGCCAGAAUUAACUUGGCACGAGCUAUAUACAAAGAUGCAGACAUCUACCUUUUGGAUAACCCUCUAGCGGCGAUGGAUGUAUCAGUCGCUCAACAAAUUUUUACUCAAUUAUAUGUUCUAGAAGAUGGGAGGGUAAUGUUUUCCGGAAAAUAUGAAACAUUAGAAGAUUUACCAAAUAACGUACAAGAAAAGAAUAAUGAAACACUGACAAAACUUUCAGCGAAAAGUUAUAAAGCCCAAAAUGAAACUAAAGAACACAAAGGUAGCGAUAAACUCCUCCUUUUCAUUUUAACUCAAGUUUUUAUAAACGGUUCAGACACGUUCUUGUCUUUCUGGAUCAACCUGAGGCAAAAUCCUUCUAAUUUUAACACAACACUACUACAAUACUUUUCCGACGUUAAAUAUUGCUGUAAUAAGUGCUCCGCUAAGUUACACGAUACGUUGUUUAACAAACUUCUACAUGGGACUAUGAGGUUUUUCGACAACCAUGCAUCUGGUCGAAUUAUUAAUAGAAUUUCCAAUGAUAUAAGUACAAUCGAUGAGAUCAUCCCCCAAUACAUGUAUCAAGGUGCAAGACAAGUUUGUUCUGUGUUAGGUGUUUAUAUUGUUGUCAAUGCAGUAAAUUAUUACAUGAUUGUACCAACAUUGGUUUUGUUGAUAAUUUUUUAUUACUAUGUGCAAGCUUUCCGACCAGUACUUAACAAACUGAAGAGAAUCGCCGCCACACGUAAGAGCCCUAUUUAUACUCACGUGGUAGCUACCAUUGACGGAUUGACAACCAUCAGAGUUUCAGAAGCCCAAAAACACUCCUUGUCAAAAUUUGAACGCUAUCAAGAUUCUUAUAACUCGAUUAGGUAUCUACAUCAAGCUCUCCACAGUUCUUAUGCUUUUUGGACAGAUUUCACUUGCAUGUUAUAUGUAGCCGUUGUUAUAUUCUUUCUAAUAAUCUUCAAGAAAAGUGAUAUGGUAGGAAACGUUGGUUUAUCCAUUACACAAUCGCUCUUAUUGAUUUCGACAAUACAGUACAUGAUCAAGAUCUAUAGUGAUCUUGAUUCACGGAUGACUUCAGUUGAGAGAGUUGCGGAAUAUGGUGACCUAACAGUUGAAGACAUUAAUAAAAAUGAAAUUAAUCCUCCUACCACAUGGCCUGCAAACGGCAAAAUACUAUUUCAAUCAGUCUCCAUGCGAUAUUCUCCAGAAAAACCGUUUAUCCUCAGAAACAUCGAUGUGGAAUUUCAAGCUGGUGAAAAAAUAGGAAUCGUUGGAAGAACUGGCGCUGGAAAAUCAUCUUUGAUAAAUGCACUCUUUCACCUGUACGAAUACGAAGGAACAAUAUUAAUAGACAACGUCGAUGUAAAAAUGGUUCCUCUUAGCACUCUGAGAUCUCGAAUAGCAACUGUUUCUCAAGAUCCUGUUCUUUUCUCAGGUACCAUGCGCGAAAAUUUAGAUCCUUUCAAAGAAUUCACGGACUGUCAGUUAUGGAGUGUUCUAGAAGAAGUAAAUCUAAAACAGAUUGUUUCAAAUUUACCCUCUGGUUUGAGCAGUUCUCUUUCGGAAACCGGUGUCAAUUUUAGUACUGGACAGAAACAACUAAUGUGUUUAGCUAGAGCUAUUUUGAAAGAAUGUACAAUUAUUGUUCUUGACGAAGCAACUGCCUUUCUUGACUUAGACACCGACAAAUUAAUUCAAGCUACAAUUCAGAAGAGAUUUCAUAAGGCAACGAUUUUAAGAAUUGCACAUAGAUUGGACAAUGUGAUGAAUUCGGACAAGAUAUUGGUUUUAGAUGAUGGUUGUGUUGUGGAAUUUGGCGCCCCGAAUGGACUUCUACAAAACAUGAAUGAUGCCACACCCUUCGAGUCCCAGGAAGUAUUUGCUGAGCUAGCAUAUUGUCCUACUUCUAAGUCCCAGUCACACACUGACAGUUGUACGCCUUUGAUAACGAUGGCCAUGGACCACGUGAGGGUUGUGUAUUGCUCAAAAACUCUCCAUCAGCCUAGCGUUCCUUCGUAA